AUGGAGAAUAAGUACCAGGGCCUGGAUCAGCAUGAUGCCGAUGUCGCAGAUGGCCUCUGUAGAGAUAACCCCUUCAAUAAAAAACUGCUGGACCACUUCAGAGCACUUGCUGCAAAUAACCAAGACACAGAUGAGGUGGACCUUCAGUUUGUGAAUGAUGUGAUCAUGAAAGGAGCAGAUGUCAACACCACAGACGGAUAUGGACAAACUUGCCUACAUGAGAUCUCUUGGUCCUGGAACGUGGAUGUGAUGCGCUUCUUCCUAGAGAGGGGUGGGAACAUCCAGUGUCCUGACACCUAUGGGGUAACGCCUCUUCAUGUAGCUGCUGCCCUUGAUUACAAGGAGAUGAUCCACUUCUUACUGGAGAGGAAAGCGGAUAUGGAGGCUCGAACCCACAUGGACCAGCAAACUCCCCUGCACUUUGCUGCGAAGAACGAUGCUGCGAGUGCUGUGAGAAUCCUGCUGCAGUCUGGUGCAGACAUCAGCGCCCGCGACUACAAGCAGAGAACGCCGCUGCAACUGGCUGCUAAUCUAGACCGCAGUGAGGCAGCUCAGACCCUGAUGGAGCUUGGGGCAGAUGCUGGAGUACAAGACUCUGACGGGCAGCUUUGCAUCACUGCAAUGAUUGGCCGGAUGACUCCUGUGGCCCACUUGGCACUAAACCAGUUCCAUGUGAAGGACCGGAUGACUCGUCAGCAGUUCUACUACCUCCACCUAUUGGAGCCAGAACCACCCUCCAAACAAAGCCUACAGGCACCGGGCCAGCUGGAGUUCAUUGUGCAGCAAGAGAAGCUGGAACUUAUCAUGCACCCGGUGGUCCUCAAGCUCAUUACAGUCAAGUGGAAAUUGUAUGGCAGGACUGGUGCUUGGAUUCUGUUACUCCUCAAUUUCCUCUUCAUCAUUUCCUGGACAACAGUGGCCAUCUCUGUGUCAGUGGUCCGAGACGAAGAGCAUCCUUACGUCUUUCCUGAUGACUGGUGGCGUGUGCUGGUCGUGGUGCUUGCCCUCAUUCUCACUGUGGUAGAGGUUUAUCGGGAGGUGGCUGAGCUGCUGCUCUCCCACAGGAAACUGCGAAGGUGGCAGUUAUGGUUUGAACAUCGCAUCCACGAAGACCUGUGCUGCACACAUCCGAUGUGGCCCGAGGAAAGACAUUUCUUAGAGGAGCAAAUUAAAUUGGUAAAGAAAAUGAAACCCAGCUACUUCCAAGAUCUCUGGAAUGUGUUUGAUUGGUUGGUAUAUGGGCUGCUGAUUGGGGUGUUUGGAAUCCACUUGGCUGACAUCUUUCUCAUUGAGGAAAAAUUACGAGAUUAUAGUCUCCGCCUCUUUGCUGUAACGAUCAUCUUCCUCUGGCUGCGGCUGAUGAAACACGUCAGGGCUUUUAGGGUGAUGGGCCCCUUCAUUGUCAUGCUUGGCAAGAUUGUAGGGGAUGUCCUUCGCUUCCUGUUCCUGUACAUUGAAAUCUUCAUUCCUUACGCAUGUGCUUUCUGGAUCAUAUUUGGAGGCAUGGAAGCUGUGCCCAGCAUGCAAACUGUCCCCCAGCUCCUGUAUAGCCUGUACCGCAUCACGCUUGUGGAUGAGUACGAGUUUGAUGCCAUGCUGAGCAUAGACCCUAUCAUGGCCUAUCUCCUGUGUGGGACCUUUCUGGGCCUAUCAGCCAUCCUCUGUGUAAAUCUGCUGAUCGCCCUUCUCUCAGACACCUUUCAAAGGGUUUAUGAAAAUGCACUAGCCAAUGCAGUGAUGCAGCAAGCAUCCAUCAUCCUGCAGGUGGAGGAGUCUAUGCCCCACCUCCGCAGACUCUGUGAUAACCAGUACCUCCAUCGCCACUGCGCCCCUCUAGGGGAGUUCUAUGAUGAAGACUUUGUCACCAAUCCAGAUCAAUAUGCCAAG